AAUGAAAUCUCUUUACUUUCAGAAGCUUUUUGUUUCACUGCCACUCUGCUGUAAUGCACGCCAUUGCCAACCUCUGCUCCCUUCCUCUUUCCCUUCCCAUCCUUUGUUCAUCUUCAUCUUCUUCUCCAAAUGGAAAAGAACCGAAACAAGUUAAACUCAGGGACGACUGGAGGCAACGCUCCAGACCAAUUCCUCCUGGAGGCACCUACCCUGCCAAAGAACAGUGCAGUCGAUGUGGCUUGUGUGAUACAUAUUACAUUGCUCACGUGAAGGAUGCGUGUGCUUUCUUGGGGGAUGGCAUGUCAAGAAUUGAAGAAAUGGAACCUGUAGUUCACGGUAGAGGGAGGAAAACAGAUACGCUGGAUGAGACAUAUUUUGGAGUUCAUGAGAAGCUAUUAUACGCUCGUAAGAUUAAACCAGUGGAAGGAGCUCAAUGGACAGGGAUAGUAACAACCAUAGCAGUUGAAAUGCUUAAAUCAGGCAUGGUCGAGGCUGUUGUUUGUGUGCAGAGUGAUCCAGAGGACAGACUCAGUCCAAGGCCUAUUUUAGCAAGGACACCAGAAGAAGUCCUAGCAGCCAGAGGAGUAAAGCCAACGUUGUCUCCCAACUUGAAUACCCUUGCUCUAGUUGAGGCUGCAGGAGUCAAACGUCUUCUUUUCUGUGGUGUGGGCUGCCAAGUGCAAGCAUUAAGAUCUGUGGAGCAGCAUUUAAAUCUGGAGAAGCUUUAUGUACUGGGCACUAAUUGUGUGGAUAAUGGAACUCGAGAAGGACUGGAUAAAUUUCUCAAGGCAGCAAGUACAGAACCAGAGACAGUUCUUCAUUACGAGUUCAUGCAAGAUUACAAGGUGCAUCUCAAGCAUUUGGAUGGUCAUAUUGAAGAGGUUCCAUACUUUUGUCUACCUGCAAAUGACUUGGUCGAUGUUAUUGCUCCAUCUUGCUACAGCUGUUUUGAUUAUACAAAUGCUCUAGCGGAUCUGGUUGUUGGUUACAUGGGUGUGCCAAAAUAUUCUGGAAUCAGCAUGACCCAACAUCCACAGUAUAUUACUGUUAGAAAUGAGCGUGGUAGAGAGAUGCUGGGUUUAGUAGAACAGUACCUAGAAAUUACUCCAACGAUUAGCAACGGUAACCGAAGACCUUUAGUUAUGGAGACUGUGAAGGCAGAUGACGAUGCUAAGCUUGGAAAAGGUCCUUCACAGCCUGCUCCAAAAUUCAUUGGGAACAUCAUAGCCUUCUUUCUGAACUUGAUUGGCCCAAAAGGUCUGGAGUUCGCUCGUUAUUCACUGGAUUACCAUACCAUCCGAAACCAUUUAUAUGUCUCCCGAAUAUGGGGAAAACAAAGAGCUGAUAAACAUGAACCCACAUACGCUAAAAAGAUAGUGGAUUUGUACAACCAGAAGGGUGAAAUUGAUCGCAUACUUUCCAACACGAAGUAAUCAUACUGUUCAGUGACCAAUGGCGCUUGCUCUUAUAUUACUGGUUCUUUUGCUUUUCAUUGCACAAACUCUGAAGUCACAAAGUGAUCAUGAAAUGAUUUCUUGGAACUUCAAGAUUCUUGCUACCAAAUCUUGGUUCCACUAUUGUGUUAUUUCAAUCCCUGAAUCAUCCACCUCUUUCUAUGGGUGAUUUGUUGAAUUUCUUUGGACUGUAAGAGACGUUACAAGUAGUUUUUCCAGGAUUAGGCUACAAAAUGUAGUAAUGAACAUUUGUACCAAUUUUAAUACAUGUUUUGGAAGAUGGAAGGACUUUCUUUUCAUAGAAUUUCAUUUUGAUAA